AUCCCCACAUCCCUGCUCCAACACGGAGCGCAGCUCUUAACAUUUUGCACAAGAACAGGAUAUUGGCAACUCAACUGUUAAACCUGUCUGUGAUUAUUCUUCCUUGAGAUCACUCUGAUGUCACCAGUGUAAUUUGAGCCUGGAGCUUUUGUUCACACUUUAAAUAGCAGUCCCAGAAUGAUUUUGCUACAGACUCUCUGGAGAGCUGGGGAGCAGAAUUCCCAAAGAUUCCCACAUCGAUGAAAGCAAAGCCAAGCCACCAAGCCAUCAUCAUGUCCACUUCGCUGCGCGUUAGCCCGUCCAUCCACGGCUAUCACUUCGACACAGCCUCGCGUAAGAAAGCCGUGGCCAACAUCUUUGAAAACAUAGACCAAGAAUCUCUACAGAGACUUUUCAGAAACUCUGGGGACAAGAAAGCGGAGGAGCGAGCUAAGAUCAUUUUUGCCAUCGAUCAAGAUUUGGAGGAGAAAACACGAGCGCUGAUGGCCCUGAAGAAGAGGACGAAAGACAAGCUUUUCCAAUUUCUGAAAUUGCGGAAAUAUUCCAUCAAAGUUCACUGAGGACAAGAGAAUGGAUAAGGACAUUAUCCAAGAAUAGACAUUUAAAGACCAAGGGAGUUUGUGAGACCCAGCACAGGCAGCAUUAAAUUGUGGCUGCCUCGCAAGCUUCUCUUCCAUCAGAACGACGGAGGUGGGAAAGAAACAGAGCAAACUGGUUACAAAGACUCCAACAAAUUUCACGCCUGUGCUGUUACAGUGGAGAAGGAAAUGCUUUCAGCAAGGAUUUGCAGACUCUCCCUGAGGGGAAAGGACUGAUGCUGGCGUCGGAGAGGAGUCUGAACGGAUGUAAUGAGGACUGAGACUCAAGACAACAGAGAGCUGGGGAAGAAUUGCGGCCAGAGUCUCUUUCUCAGGCCCUAGGACUUCAAUUCAACCUGAACUUUGUUUUCCUUAGCCGAACUGGGCAGGGAGAGGGAGGAGGGAGAGGGGGAAAAGGAGAGAGAACACUAUGCUCCUAUGUUUACUGAAUUUUUAAUUUGAAUGUUGCAAAAUGUUGCCAAGCUUCAAUGUGGUCUAUGGGUAUAGAUUCUUAGAGAUCAGUAAUUGACUAUUUAUUUGCAUUUUUUACAGUGCCGAAAAAGUGCACCACAAGGGUGUUAGUUACAAAUUAUGCAAUACUUUCAGCAGCUCAGUAAAACGCUUCUGGUUUGUAAAACGUUUUUAUACAUUUCAGACUAAUUGCACAAAAGCUAAAGGAAUGGGGUCCUUCCUAAAUCCAAAGUACUGUGAAAAAAUUUUAUGAUUUUUUUAUCUUCUAACUAAUGCUAAAAUAUAAUCUAAUUAGAUUUCUUACAGUUAUUGCAGUAAGCAUUAGGAAGUGAGUAUGAUAUACUAAAUAGUUUAUGAAGAUGCUAUGGUUUUUAUAAUUUAUUAUACAUGACAAAUUAUAUGCAACCUUAAUAAAUUAUUAUAAACUUA